AACGAUUUUCUCAAAUUGCCCAAACUGUCCAGCCAUCGAUGAGACCAUUGGCGCGAAACAACCUGCUCAAAUCUGUUUUACACGCUCCGUCGAUGAGUCGCGUCAUGGGAUGCAAUGUCAGCAGCGAUACAUGGCCGCAGGAGCAGCCGCACAUGCCCAGCAGCGCUACUGGCAUGGGACUGCUGUACCAGUGCCGCCAGCUGGAGAAGCCUCGGGUGCCGGUGAAUCUGGAGAAAUUUGUCGCCCUGUCCGAUAGCUUUCCCGUUAAGUUUGGGGUCGACACCUGCCGUGUCAGGGAGCAGCCGGUGGGCCGCUUCGCGAACAUCCUGGAGCAGGUGGCCUCCGCCUAUCCCGUUAUACACGAGCGCACCCUGCUGCUAUACAUCAGCUUUCUGGAGCACAAGCUGAAGUUCGGCAACAGCCGGGAGAGGGCCGUAUACCAGGGCAUGUCCCUGGUUGAAUUUGUCCAGCGUUUGCUGAGCAAACGAUGCGUGUGUUUCUUCGGCGGCGGGGACUACUACCGCCUGCUGAACGGCAGCGUUGGGUACGAGGGCUUCGAGUCGGUGGGCACUGCGCUGGAGGUGCCACCGCUGCUGCUGGCCGAUGUGCUCAGCUACGACGAGAUCAAGCUGGCGGCCCUCCUCUAUGUGUCCACGCACUCGGAGUUCAUCAACAACGGACGACGCUCGAAUGCCGGCGAGGUGACGCAGAACAAGGCAAGCAUCGAGAGGGAGGGCGUCAUCAUGGGCCUGAUCGGCGCCCGCUUCGAGCGACCCAAUGUGAUGGAGUACCAGGACAUAAUCAUCUCGCCCACACAGAACAUCGAGGCCAAUGGCUAUGGCUUCCACACCAGCGAGACAGCCACCCGCGCCUCCGACUACCGGCGGCUGUGGUGCGAAUUUUACGAUGAGCCCAGGGACUUUAAGUACACGGAGGCCGCUGUCGAUGGCGAUCGCUUCUUACGUGCGGGCCCCGGCGGCCUCAUCUUCGAUAAUUUGUUCAUGAAGAAGCGCUUCGCCAUCAGCUUUGACACCCUGCUGCUGGAGGCCGAAGCCCGUGGCGUGGCGGCGGGCAAGCCCGCCUACAUCCACGUCGUGGGCAUCGGUCUGGGCGUGUGGAAGAUCAUCGAGAAGCAGGAGGAGCUCUUUCUGGAGGCCUUUGAGGAGCGGCUGCUGGCCCUGGGCGAGCGUCUCAGCCACAUCGGCGUGGUGCACUUCUCCUGGUUCCAUCUGAAGCGAGUGCGCAGCCUGCACGACGGCGCCACCAUGCCGCUGACGGGCAUCCGCAUACGCAUCUCCAGCCGCAAUCCGGCCGACAAGCUGGACGAGGAUAUGCUGCCGGUGGUGACCUAUGCCUGGAAUGGCAAUGCCCUGCCCGGCAAUGACUUUUGGGAUGGUGCUUUGCUCAGCACUAGCGAUCCGGCGGCUGCCUGUUCCACACUCAUCGCGGAGCUGCAGAAUCCCCACAUCAAUGUGGACUACAUGAGCGGCCAAAAUCUGCACAUUGCCUCGAUUGAGCACGGCCUGCUGCACAUUGGGGAGUACGCCCUGCGCGUGACCGGCACUACGGAUGUAUAGAGCGCGGAUAUACAUAUACUCCCCCCAAAUA